AUGCAGCCGUCGCGCUCACAGCACGCUAAACAUCGCCUAGGACUAGGAGGGACGGGAACGCACACGCGCUUCCGCACCCAGGUGCUGGAGACGCCCCUGGAUCCGGGAUCCGAUCCUGAGUACCAGGACUUCCAGUUCCGGUUCAUCCCGGAGGUGUUCGAGCUCCAGAUGGGCGGCGUCGCCGUCGGCGGCGGCGGCGGGGCAAGGAACGGAGACGGCAAGGUGACGGCGGAGAAGGUUCUUGCUUUCGAGUUCGAGAAGGUCAGGAUCAGCAUUGCGUCCAGCGACGACGAGGCGGACGGAGACGCGCCGCCGAGGAGCUCCUUCUCCGGGGCGAGCCACCCGCCGGAGCCGGUGGACGAGAUGGACACCGUCUUCGUCGCUGUCGACGGCCGGGAGAAGCCGGUCCCGAAGCCAGUCAUGUCGUGGGACGCGUCCCCGCCGCCGAGCGGCGCGGCGAGCCCGCACAGCAGCAUCGACAGCUCCGGCGCCGCGGCCACGGUGACCAGCCUCGCGCCCAGAUGCACCGUCACCAGCAGCCGGAGCGCCAAGACCAGCGUCAGCAGCAGCGCCGCCAGCGACGGGAGCGGCUGGAGCAACGGCACCGGCUCCGGCGCCGGCGCCGGCGGCAGCGCGGGGAAGCCGCACAAGGGCGGCGACCCCAGGUGGAAGGCCAUCCUCGCGGCGCGCGCGCGCGACGGGCCCCUCGCGAUGGGCAGCUUCCGCCUGCUGCGGAGGCUCGGGUGCGGCGACAUCGGGACGGUGUACCUGUCCGAGCUCAGCGGCGGGGGCGCCGGCAACGGCGGCGUGGCGAGGCCCUGCUGGUUCGCGAUGAAGGUCAUGGACAAGGCGUCGCUGGAGAGCCGGCGGAAGCUGAGUCGCGCGCAGACGGAGCGGGAGAUCCUCCAGCUGCUGGACCACCCGUUCCUGCCCACUCUGUACGCGCACUUUGAGACCGACCGCUUCGCCUGCCUUGUCAUGGAGUUCUGCCCCGGCGGCGACCUCCACGCGCUCCGGCAGCGACAGCCCGGCAAGCACUUCCCAGAGCACGCGGCAAGGUUUUACGCCGCAGAAGCGCUCCUUGCGCUGGAGUACCUGCACAUGCUUGGCGUGGUCUACAGAGACCUGAAGCCGGAGAACGUCCUCGUGAGAGAAGAUGGCCACAUCAUGCUCUCCGACUUCGACCUCUCCCUUCGUUGCGCGGUCUCGCCGACGCUGGUGAGAUCUUCCCUGAACUCCGACCCCAGGAACGCGCAGGCCUGCGCCGCCCAGCCUACCUGCAUCCAGCCCACAUGCUUCAUGCCCAAGCUCUUCGGCCAGAGGAGCAAGAAGAGCAGCGACAGCAGCAACAGCACCGCCAAGAAAUCCAAGGGCGCCGAGCCCAGGCAGCAGCAGGCUCCCACCGGCCUGCCCGAGCUCGUCGUGGAGCCGACCGGGGCGCGGUCCAUGUCGUUCGUGGGGACGCACGAGUACCUGGCCCCGGAGAUCAUCAAGGGCGAGGGCCAUGGCAGCGCGGUGGACUGGUGGACCUUCGGCAUCUUCCUGCACGAGCUCAUGUACGGCAAGACGCCGUUCAAGGGGCAGACGAACCGCGCCACGCUGUUCAACGUCGUCGGGCAGCAGCUCUUGUUCCCUGACUGCCCCGGCACGAGCAACGCGAGCAGGGACCUGAUCAAGGGCCUGUUGGCCAAGGAGCCCCAGAGCCGGCUGGGCGUGAAGAGGGGCGCGGCGGAGAUAAAGCAGCACCCCUUCUUCGAGGGCGUCAACUGGGCGCUUAUCCGGUGCAGCACUCCCCCCGGCGUGCCCAGGGCCGUCGAGCCCGCCGCCGUAGCACUGCCUGCGCCGGCAAAGCCAGCGUCGGCACCGGCGCCGGUGGAGAGGGUGGAGAUCAACAGCAGCAGCAAGAGGAUGGCAGGAGCUGCCGCCGGUGCGGAGUCCGGAGGGAAGUUCCUAGACUUCGAGUUCUUUUAG